CUCAUCAUAGUAUAAAACGAGGCGUGCCUAGGCCACCCUGGUGUGAUACGUAGACACUGACCCGCCAUCUCGGGCUAGCAAGCAAGCAAGCCAGGCAUCCAUACCUCCGGUCGGCAAUGAGGAAGGGCAGCGAGUGCACCAGGAUCAGCCCGGAGACCACCACCAGCGGCAACCCCAUGUUCUCCCGCCAGGCCAGCAGGUCCGGCGGCCGGUCGGCGGCGCCGUCGGAGCGGGACGCCCGGCCGAGGCAGCCGCGCGGAGGCUGCCGCCUGCUGAGGACCGCGCGGUGGACCGCCGCGAGGUUCUACCAGCGCGCGAGGGUGAGCGUCGUCACGGCGUUCUGGUCGGCCCCGAGCAGGAGAGGCUCUUCCAGUUCCACUUCCAGUGCCGCCUCACGCUCGCCGGAGUAUACGCCGGCGAGGAACAGCAGCAGGCGGCAGUCCGGGCCGGUGGCCGUCGCCGAUGACUCCCACAAGAGCGAAGCCGUGGAGGAGUGCAUCAGGUUCAUGAACUCCUCGUCCAGGAAGUACCGCUAGUGUUUUGUUUUUUUGAUUCUGUUUCUACCCUCUGCGCGGAUGCUAGCGUCUUCCCCCCUGUAAUUUCCCCCCUUCUUGUUCUUGGCCUUUCAUCUGUGUGCGCAUUUGAUCUAAGCUUGUGGAAAUGAUACGUACGGCCGGAUGCAUCUUUCUCA